AUGAUGAGUAAUUAUCCAUACGAUAAUAAUCAGGAUAGCUAUAAUAAAAAUAAUCAAAAUUAUCCGCAAUAUCAACAGACAUAUUCUGAACAUCAAUUGUAUGAAUCGGAAUAUUCGGAAACUUUAAUUGCAGGCUCCGGACUCGCGGGGGUAUGUUUUUUGGUUUUGAAAAUGAAGUUCAGAUAGAUUUUUUUUCCAAAAAACAAAAAAAAAGCGGAAUAUUCUGAAAUUUCAGCACUUACUUUCUGGGUUAUGUUUUCUUGCUCCUUAAUAUUUUAUUUUUCAAAAUGACGUGUGUGUGUGUGGGAGAAUGAAAAUAAUAUGUAUACUACCAUAAGUUCAUGACUCGACUCAUAAAAUUCUUUUUUUGAUGAAUUAAAUUUUAUUAGGGUAAUCCAGUCCAAAAAUAGAUGGUUUUGUACUUGCACUUUGAAAAAUAGAUUCCUGUUGGGUUCCGGUUCAAUCGGAGCAGGAUUCUCAGGCUCUUAGACUGUGAUUGUGAGAUUCUGAAGGGCUGAAGCUCUACUCUGAAAUAAAAGAGCUACAGUCCAGGAUAGAUUUUAAAUGAGAAAAUCAGAGAAAAUAAAAUGCUGAAAAUUUGAAAUCAAUGUCAAAAAUAAUUACAAGUUCACUAGGAAAUUGUUUAUUUAAAAAUUAAUUUUCAAAAAUUAAGGUUCACUUGAUCAGGGAACCAACAUAAGUCGACCUCUGUUUCAACAAAAAAACAAUUUUUGCAGGUACCGAUGUGGGCAAUUUGGUCAUUUGUAGCUUGUGCGGUCCUAAUAGUCGCCGUCCUUCUCCUCGAUUACUGUGUUAUUCGUCGAAACGCUCUUGGAAACACGUGUUGUACUCGAGCACGACAAAAACGUGGAACUGCAAAUGCGGCACAUCAAAAACGAUCAACCAACAUGUUGCUCAACGUAUGA